CAGGCGCAGAGGGGCCCAGACGACCGUGGAGGAUGAAGAAAUAGCCUUGGGACCCUUGGAAAAUGAGGCCGCCGCCCCUGCUGCACCUGGCGCUGCUUCUCGCCCUGCCCAGGAGCCUGGGGGGGAAGGGGUGUCCUUCUCCCCCCUGUGAGUGCCACCAGGAGGAUGACUUCAGAGUCACCUGCAAGGAUAUCCACCGCAUCCCCACCCUACCACCCAGCACGCAGACUCUGAAGUUUAUAGAGACUCAGCUGAAAACCAUUCCCAGUCGUGCAUUUUCAAAUCUGCCCAAUAUUUCCAGGAUCUACUUGUCAAUAGAUGCAACUCUGCAGCGGCUGGAAUCACAUUCCUUCUACAAUUUAAGUAAAAUGACUCACAUAGAGAUUCGGAAUACCAGAAGCUUAACAUCCAUAGACCCUGACGCCCUAAAAGAGCUCCCACUCCUGAAGUUCCUUGGCAUUUUCAACACUGGACUUGGAGUAUUCCCUGAUGUGACCAAAGUUUAUUCCACUGAUGUAUUCUUUAUACUUGAAAUCACAGACAACCCUUACAUGGCUUCCAUCCCUGCCAAUGCUUUCCAGGGGCUGUGCAAUGAAACCCUGACACUGAAACUAUACAACAAUGGCUUUACUUCAAUCCAAGGACAUGCUUUCAAUGGGACAAAACUGGAUGCUGUUUACCUGAACAAGAAUAAAUACCUGUCAGCUAUCGACAAAGAUGCAUUUGGAGGAGUGUACAGUGGACCAACCUUGCUGGAUGUCUCUUACACCAGUGUUACUGCCCUGCCAUCCAAAGGCCUGGAGCAUCUAAAGGAGCUGAUAGCAAGAAACACUUGGACUCUAAAGAAACUCCCACUUUCCUUGAGUUUCCUUCACCUUACACGGGCUGACCUUUCUUAUCCAAGCCACUGCUGUGCUUUUAAGAAUCAGAAGAAAAUCAGAGGAAUCCUUGAGUCCUUAAUGUGUAAUGAAAGCAGUAUUCGGAGCCUGCGCCAGAGAAAAUCUGUGAAUACUUUGAAUGGCCCCUUUGACCAGGAAUAUGAAGAGUAUCUGGGUGACAGCCAUGCUGGGUACAAGGACAACUCUCAGUUCCAGGAUACCGAUAGCAAUUCUCAUUAUUAUGUCUUCUUCGAAGAACAAGAAGAUGAGAUCCUCGGUUUUGGGCAGGAGCUUAAAAACCCACAGGAAGAGACCCUCCAGGCCUUUGAUAGCCAUUAUGACUACACUGUGUGUGGUGGCAAUGAAGACAUGGUGUGUACUCCUAAGUCAGAUGAGUUCAACCCCUGUGAAGACAUAAUGGGCUACAAGUUCCUGAGGAUUGUGGUGUGGUUUGUUAGUCUGCUGGCUCUCCUGGGCAAUGUCUUUGUCCUGAUCGUCCUCCUUACCAGUCACUACAAAUUGACUGUCCCACGCUUUCUCAUGUGCAACUUGGCCUUUGCAGAUUUCUGCAUGGGGAUGUAUCUGCUCCUCAUCGCCUCCGUAGACCUCUACACUCAUUCUGAGUACUACAACCAUGCCAUCGACUGGCAGACAGGCCCUGGGUGUAACACAGCUGGUUUCUUCACUGUCUUUGCCAGUGAAUUAUCAGUGUAUACACUGACAGUCAUCACCCUGGAGCGCUGGUAUGCCAUUACCUUCGCCAUGCGCCUGGACAGGAAGAUCCGCCUCAGGCAUGCAUAUGCCAUCAUGGUUGGGGGCUGGGUUUGCUGCUUCCUGCUCGCCCUGCUCCCUCUGGUGGGAAUAAGCAGCUAUGCCAAGGUCAGCAUCUGCCUGCCCAUGGACACUGAGACACCUCUUGCCCUGGCAUAUAUUAUCCUUGUUCUGUUGCUCAACAUAGUUGCCUUUAUCAUUGUCUGCUCCUGUUAUGUGAAGAUCUACAUCACAGUCCGAAAUCCCCAGUACAACCCGGGGGACAAAGACACCAAAAUUGCCAAAAGGAUGGCUGUAUUGAUCUUCACUGACUUCAUGUGCAUGGCCCCAAUCUCAUUCUACGCUCUGUCAGCACUUAUGAACAAGCCUCUCAUCACUGUUACCAACUCCAAAAUCUUGCUGGUUCUCUUCUAUCCACUUAACUCCUGUGCCAAUCCAUUUCUCUAUGCUAUUUUCACGAAAGCCUUCCAGAGGGAUGUAUUUAUCCUGCUCAGCAAGUUUGGCGUCUGUAAACGCCAGGCUCAGGCAUACCGGGGCCAGAGGGUUUCUCCAAAGAAUAGUGCUGGUAUUCAGAUCCAAAAGGUUACCCGGGACAUGAGGCAAAGUCUCCCCAACAUGCAGGAUGAGUAUGAACUGCUUGAAAACUCCCAUCUAACCCCAAAUAAGCAGGGCCAAAUCUCAAAAGAGUAUAACCAAACAGUUCUGUAAGCAGACCCUAUACUACUCGCAGUGGCAGGUGGACUUCUAAAAAUCUAGUUUCUUGAACACGUAUUCCAAAUUCAUUAUAUACACAAGACAGCUGACCUAACCCUUUGCAGGUGAUGUUUCAUGGGGCAAAUUUCAUCUCCAAAAAGGGGGUAGCACUACCACCUAAUCAUUACCUCCCAGAAGGAAGAGAGGCUACCAGCACUUCUGAACCCUGGUGAUAUCAAGAUAACUGACACUUUCUAGAAAACUUGUUUGAUGCUAACUGCUUUAACAACAUUGUAUAAGAUGUCCAACAGAUAUUAACUGAACCAGGUCAACACUGAGCUUCUCACUUUCAAAUAGCAUUUCAUAGUAAAGAUUCUGCAAAUGGCAAAUGCUAUUAACUGAGUUGGUGACCACAAGAUAGAAUUAGCCCCAUGUUGGCUUGGUCCACCUUCAUGUUCUUGGAUACAACCAAAGAGAAUGUGAAUUCCUCGAAACUGAAAAGUCCAGCAGGAUACAUGCAUGAAGCAGCUAUUAUGAGGUGGAAGGAGGGGAAAGGCUUAGCUUAGUUGUUAUUUCAGCCUCUGAAACUAUAUCAUCUCUUCACAAGGACCUACCUGAUGUGACCCAACUGUUAGGUGUUGCCCAGGGGGGGAAAAAAACUGGCAAGAUUUCAGCUUAUGUGGCUGAGCAAAGUAAGAAUUGUUCUUCUUGGCUAGUCUUAUAGCAUAAAAUACGUGAACCCUAGAAAUAUUUCUAAGUAGCAGCAAGUGGGAAUUAUGAGCAGGGCACACUAAAUCACACACUGAUUAAUAAAGCAGGGCCACAAGGUAACUGUUGGAGCUUGGGCAAAUCACUGGGCCACUUCUAAGUCUAGAAAUGAGAGAGCCUGAUUGCUUCUUCAGUUUCAAAACUCUAUGUAUAUCCCUUCCCCUUAAAAUAUGUUUCCAUGACAAAAAAGAAAAGCACUAAAAAAGAAAAGAAAAGAAAAGAAAAGCACUAAGAAAGAAAAAUUUAUUUUUCCUAUCUUGUAGUGCAGCCACCUCUUUCUCUUUGGAGGCUGGAUAUAUGACCCAGGACAUUUCUUUCUUUUUUUUUUUUUUUUUUCAUUUUUGAUUAUAAUGUCUGAUCCAUGUUGGGCUGGAUCUAAAUCACUCAACUAAUUACUAGAUCUCUACAGCUACAAUUAUCAGGCCAAAAACAGACUCAUAUUCACAUAACAGAAUAAAAGGUGGUUUUGCAAAUUUUGGUUAUUCAGAGUUACUACUUCACUGUAUAGAUUAACUUGAAAACAUUUAACUUGUCCAGGGAUUGGAAGCUAUCAAACACUCAGGCAAAGCAACACUAAAGCUAUCAAGAGAAGUUUCUUCUCUCCAAAACUGCUAGCCUUUUCCAACCUGUUGAUCAUUGGACAUAAUCUCUAUUGCCCAAUAGUGUUCUCUUACUUAAAAUGGUUAGGAUCAAUCUUUUAAUAUAGACGUACUCUUCAGAUUACCUGUCAAAACAGUCCCUUAAUUUCCUCCCAAGCAGAGAUGGCAUUUGCUUCUCAAUGUUCAUGAAGCACACCAAGGAAUUAGAAGCAUUUGUUGUUUCAAGUCUGUGGAGUAGGGUUACUGGGCCCAAUGCCCCCCCCCCCACAGAGAUGGUCCCCCAACCCACCUAGGAUAUCCCAAUAGCAAUACCCAUUUCUGAUUAUCAUUGAGAUUGGACAUCUUAGUAGAAAUAUUAUACACACUCGAAAUCAUGACUUAUCCACCAGUUCACUUGUAACUAAUAACUAAACAGUUGUGUUAUCGUUUGGCAUGUGUUUCUCACCUGUGACAUUUUGAAAUAGUACAUCCUGAUAAUGUAUUUUAUCUUAAGUAGUUGAAAUAACACUUUGGAAACCGUCCUAGAAAAGUAACUUCAACACAAUUGUUACUAAAAUUUGCAUUCACAACAUGAAAUAAAUUUUCUUCCUAUGAAAUGAUUGUGCUGAGUCCUACAGUAUGGCAUUUUGUAAUUUGUGAGCUUCUUUUAAUGUUACCGUUAUAUGUGUUACAACUGAAGACAGGGAAAAAAAAACAACUGGCAAAUUUGCUAA